AUGAUCACAUACCCGUUUAAGAGCAAAGACAAAAAGGCCCCGAGGUAUAUCAACGACUUGGCCUACGCAGCAGUUCGCGAUGCUGUCAUGAGCCGCACGCUUCAACAAGCCCGGGGUAUGACACCCGGGUCGGACAAGGUGCUCGAUCGAAUGGUCAAGCGCAGGAGAAAGAAGCUCGACAACGUCAAGUUGCCCGAGGGGAUCCUAGCGCAUUGGCUUGGUCCACGGAAUGCAAAGUAUACCAUGAUAUAUUACCACGGCGGCGGGUUCAUCGACGCCAUCAUGCCUGGCCAUGUGCGGUUUCUGUUCAGCCUCAUGAAAGAGAUGAGGAAGAGUGGGAAGAACAUGUCGGUUGUCGUGCUGGCGUACUCUCUUGCACCUGAAAAGCCAUAUCCGACGCAGCUGCGACAGGGCGUAAAUUUCCUGCGGCAUAUGAUCGAGGUCGAGAAGAAAGAUACAUCUCAGCUCAUCAUCGCCGGUGAUUCGGCAGGUGGUAACCUGGUUCUAUCAGUCCUCUCGCACAUCGCACAUCCACACCCCGACAUUCCUCCCCUGAACCUUCCCGGUCCGUUGCACGCCGCCGUCGCCUUUUCGCCGUGGAUUUCCUUCCGCGGCACCGAAGAUUCUAUGAUAGAAAACAUCGGAUCCGACAUUUUCUAUCCCGCCACAGUGGUCUGGGCCGCCAAGAACUUUCUAUAUUCCGGUAUUGGCAAAGGACGAAAACCGCGUCCGGGCCAUCUGGGGGACGAGUGGAGCGAGCCCAUUGUCUGCGACGAGCAAUGGUGGGAAGGCGCGGCAUCGCUCGUGACACAUAUGAUGAUCUGGGGCGGAGGAGGGGAGAUCAUGAUCGAUAGUAUCCGGGAGAUCGCGCAGAAAAUCACGACUGGGUUUGAGAAUGCUGCGAAGGCGGCGUGGGAAGGGGAAAGGGAGAAUAUUGGAAAGGUUACGUUGAUCGUGGCACCGAGGGCCUGUCAUGUAGAGCCCGUUGUUGACCAUAGCAUGCCAUUUAAAAACCAGAAAAGCUCCCAAGGGAUCCGGGAAUAUCUCCGGUCUAUCUUGGAUUAG